UCGUCGGAGGCAAAAAUACGCGAAUAGAGAAUAACCUUAUUUUUGUUAUUAAUGACAUAAAAUUUAUUAAAUGAAACGGUUUAUCAAUUAAAAUUGACUUUUGAAUUAGUGAUAAUAAUAAAUAUUGAGCUUAAUCGAUAAUAAUAUGUUUCAAAUGUAUAGAAAUGAUAUUUGUAUACCCACUAGUUGACUGUGUUAUGUUAGGUAACAAUUUAUAAAUUAGAAUAUUAGACCUUCGUGUUUCAGAUAAACAUUUGUGUUGUGGCUAAGGUUGUGUCUAGAUUAUUUAUAGACAUUUCGCCGAUUUUAAAACGUUACAUAAUGCGGUACAGCAAGCGAAGAUCGUCACAAACAACUAGGACAUCACGCCAUUCCGAUAAGAAGACGUACACUAUUCAGCUGGAUUUGGAUUACCUUGAACGUGGAGGGGGUGGAACUUUAGCGGUAGGGGGAAGCCCCAGCGUGGAGCCGAGCCCCGACAGCCUGGAUCUGGUCAAAGUGGUUCUUCUUGGGGCACCUGCUGUGGGGAAGACUAGCAUCAUUCAGCAAUUCGUGUGGAGCGAUUUCUCCGAAGAAUAUGUGCCAACUGACCGGAAACAUACUUUUUAUCCAUCUGUAAUAAUAAACGAACAUCUGUACGAGGUGAAAAUAACAGACGUGCCAGUGAUCCCCUAUUUUCCCAUUAAUUCGUAUUACGAAUGGGCCCACUACCGAUUUUACGGACUUCGAAAUGCCACUGCCUAUAUACUUGUCUUCGAUCUUUCCAAUGUCGAAACCUUUCAAUAUAUUAGAACGUUGAGAGAUCAAAUGGUUGAGAGCAGAGACAUGAGGAACGUACCCGUUCUUGUGGUUGGCAAUAAGCAGGAUUUGUUAUGCAGCGCCGCACCUACAGCUGCCAGUGGCUUGCAGCAGUUGGCAAUGGCGGAGAGUGCGUGUGGUGAUUCUCGUGAAAAGCGGAGGAACAUAGUUAAUCUUGUGCGUAAGCAUUGGAAGUGUGGUUACGUUGAGUGUUCGGCAAAGUAUAAUUGGCGAGUCAUCGCUGUGUUUAAGGAGUUGAUGGAGAUGAUUGAUGCGCUAGAGUGUACUGGUGGGGUCAGGAGUGCUGAACCUCCCCCUGAGUCAUCAACAGGGCAAGCGAAUGAGAAUCGAUGUGCGGUUGCUUAGCAUCUUUCGGCGUUGAAACGAUAUGUGUUCAGGACACUUUCAUUUUCAUCAAACCAUGAGUAGGUAUAUGUAAAAGGGGCCUGUAGUGUCUGAUGCAGCAAGGUAACCAAAUAACUUUAUAGUGACUUCAACUACUGAUUCAAUAAUUAAACUUAAACUUAUAUAUUACUGGUUGUCUCAUAAUUUAAGUUUUUGUGUUUUGAGUAAUACUUGUUGACUUAUUCUAUGAUUUUUUUUAGCGCCAGACUGAAUUUGUCUCUUCCUUCUUUUUUAAAUUUUCUUUGCGUAACUAAUUCUCUUAACAUGGCAGGCGCUUUAGAAACCGAUGCUCCAUCAUUGUUAUUUUGUGAAAAUUUAUUAAUAGCUGACGCAUUUUCGUC